AUGAACUCGUUCAGCUCGAAGUGCGGGUUUUUCCCGGACGAGGUCGUCCUUCAGAUUCUGUCGAGGUUGCCCGUGAAAUCUCUGUUCAGAACCAAAUGCGUGUGCAAAUCUUGGCACCGAUUAAUCUCCGACAGGUAUUUCACGAAGCUUUAUAAUGAGAUCUCGACCAGAAAUCCUAUGGUGCUGGUGGAAAUCAGCAACCCCUCCUCGGAAUCCAGGCCGAGUUUGAUUCUGGUCGAUAACCUGAGAGGGGUUUCGGAAAUUUCCCUCGAUUUCAUCAAGGAUCGGGUCAAAAUCCGAGCUUCCUGCAACGGCUUGUUGUGUUGUUCAAGCAUCCCUGAUAAAGGGGUUUAUUACGUUUGCAACCCAAUGACUAGGGAGUAUAGGUUGCUCCCUAGAACCCGCGAAAGGCCCGUAACCCGAUUCUACCCAGAUGGUGAAGCCACACUCGUGGGCCUGGCCUGCAACAUUUCGGCCCGCAAGUACAAUGUGGUGUUGGCUGGGUAUCACCGGGCCUUCGGCCACAGGCCCGAGAGGACAUUCAUAUGUAUGGUGUUUGAUUCCGAGUCCAACAAGUGGAGAAAGUUUGUGACUUUGCAGGAUGACCAUUUUACCCACAUGAACAAGAAUCAGGUUGUGUUCAUAAACGGGGCUUUGCAUUGGCUGACGUCGAGUGGCGCCUGUGUGCUCGUCCUCGAUUUGAAUUCCGAGGUUUGGAAGAAAAUCCAUUUGCCUGAUCAGGUGACGGCUGAAGGUGGGAAUCGGGUUUAUUUGUUGGAGUCGGAAGGGAUGUUAUCGGUUGUUAGGAUUUCGGAUGUUUGGAUGAGUAUAUGGGUUAUGGAGGAUUAUGAGGGAGAAAAAUGGUGUAUGCUGGAUAGGGUUAGUCUUAGGUGCAUUAGAGGGAUGGUUCCUGGGGUUUUCCCAAUUAGCCAGACGAACAAGUGUGUUUUCCUGGCCACUCACAAGCAGGUUUUGGUGUAUCAGAGGAAAACCCGCAUUUGGAUGGAGAUGUAUUCAGUGAAGGACACGGCUACUCUGCCUUUGUGGUUUUCAGCUCAUGCCUUUCGAGGCACGAUACUGUCUUGCUAG